CCAGCGCUUCUUCCCUUCUCUCUGAGAGAGGGAAAAAAAGAAAAAUGGUUCACGGUGCCUACGACUCGAUCGAGCUCUUGAAGAGCUCCCCGGCGAAAAUCUCCACCAUUUCAUCAUACGGCUCCAAUCUCCUCGUCGGAUGCAUCGACGGCUCCCUCCGCAUCUACGCCCCUCAAUCCCUCCAAUCCCAGCCGUCCGAUCACCAUUCCGCCGGUAUCCAGCGAGAUGCUUACGUCCUCGAGAAGUCCGUGGCCGGAUUCUCCAAAAGGCCCUUGAUUUCGAUGACGGUGUCCGGAUCGAGGGACAUCUUGCUGUCGCUGUCGGAGACAGUCGUGGCCCACCGGCUCCCCAACAUCGAGGCGGUCGCUGUGAUCCCGAAGGCGAAGGGGGCCAACAUGUACGCAUGGGAUGAUCGGAGGGGGUUUUUGUGCUUCGGAAGGCAGAAGAGGGUCGGGAUUUUCCGGUACGAGGGGGGUCGAGAAUUCGUAGAGGUGAAAGAGUUUAACAUUCCUGACGUGGUGAAAUCGAUGGCUUGGUGUGGUGAAAAUAUAUGUUUGGGUAUUCGAAGGGAAUACAUGAUAUUAAACAGCACAAAUGGUGCAUUGUCUGAGAUAUUCCCUUCUGGGAGGAUUGCACCACCUUUAGUUGUCCCUCUUCCUUCAGGGGAGCUUCUUCUUGGAAAGGAUAACAUUGGAGUUUUUGUGGACCAAAAUGGGAAACUUCUUAAAGAUGGCAGGAUAUGUUGGUCUGAGGCCCCUGCAGCUGUUGUCAUCCACAUGCCAUAUGGAAUAGCUCGCUUACCUAGACAUAUUGAGAUACGAUCCCUUAGAGCUCCUUAUCAGUUAGUACAGACUGUUGCCCUUCGGGAUGUUCAUCUUCUUGUCGAGAGCAACAAUUGUGUUAUUGCUGCAUUAGAGAAUUCUGUUUAUGGGCUGCUACCUGUUCCUCUUGGUGCCCAGAUUGUACAAUUAACAGCUUCUGGGAAUUUUGAGGAGGCCUUGGCUUUAUGUAAGCUUCUACCUCCAGAGGAUUCAACCCUCCGAGUGGCAAAGGAGGGCUCCAUUCACAUCCGAUAUGGACACUAUCUGUUUGAGAAUGGAAGCUAUGAGGAGGCAAUGGAACAAUUUUUAGCGUCUUCAGUUGACAUCACCUACAUACUUUCUUUGUAUCCAUCUAUAGUUCUUCCAAAAACGCUUACCGUUUCCGAACCUGAGAAGGUGUUGGACUUUGCAUCUGAUGCUUUGGAUCUCUCAAGAGUUUCAUCUAAUGCAUCAGAUGAGAUGGAAUUAUCGUCUCCAUCACGGGAAUCUGAUGAGAAAUCAACACUCGAGUUCAAGAAAAUGAAUCACAACUCUCUGAUGGCCCUCAUCAAGUUUUUGCAGAAGAAGCGAUUUAGCAUAAUUGAAAAGGCCACUGCUGAGGUAACAGAGGAGGUUAUCUCAGAUGCACAUGAUAGUAUCACACCAUAUGAUUCCAGCCGUUCAAAGAGCUCAAUCAAGAGCCGUGGCCACAUCCAUAUCAGCUCAAGUGCCAGGGAGACGGCAGCUAUACUGGAUACAGCACUCAUCCAAGCUCUGCUUCUUACCGGACAGUCUUCUGCCGCAUUAGAGCUAGCAAAGGGCCCAAACUAUUGUGAUAUAAAAAUAUGUGAGGAAUUUUUGCGGCAAAGGAACUCCUACAUAGCAUUAUUAGAACUAUAUAAGUGUAAUGGAAUGCACAGUGAGGCUCUCAAACUUCUGAAUCAACUAGUGGAGGAAUCAAACUCAGAUCAACCACAGCUUGAACUCACCCAAAAGUUCAGACCAGAAAUGAUUGUUGAUUAUCUCAAGCCUCUUUGCAGUACAGAUCCGAUGCUUGUUUUGGAAUUCUCAACACAUGCUCUUGAAAGCUGUCCAACUCAAACUAUUGAGCUCUUUUUGUCUGGAAAUCUCCCGGCUGACUUGGUCAAUUCUUACUUAAAACAGCAUGCACCAAACAUGCAGGCUACAUAUUUAGAGCUUAUGCUUGCGAUGAAUGAAAAUGGCGUCUCCACAAAGAUGCAGAAUGAACUGGUGCAAAUUUAUCUUUUGGAAGUACUUGACUGGUAUUCAGAUCUUACAUCUCAGCAGAAAUGGGAUGAGGAAGCUUAUUCCCCAACUCGAAAAAAGUUAUUGUCUGCUUUGGAGAGCAUCUCAGGAUAUAAUGCAGAGAUUCUGUUAAAGCGUCUUCCAUCAGAUGCUCUGUAUGAGGAACGUGCAAUUUUGCUGGGGAAAAUGAAUCAACACCAUCUUGCAUUGUCUCUUUAUGUUCAUAAGCUUCAUCUGCCCGAACUGGCGCUGGCGUACUGUGACCGUCUUUAUGAGAGUGGGCAGCACCAACCUUCUUUGAAGUCACAUACUAACAUCUAUCUGACUCUUCUGCAAAUUUAUCUUAAUCCUCGGAGGACAACAAAAGAAUUUGAACAAGGGAUAGGUAACCUGGUAUCUCCCCAGAGUGCUGGCUAUCAGAAGGUUAGUUCUGUCAAAAUCAAGGGUAGCCGUGUGGCUAAGAAAAUUGCUGAGAUAGAAGGGGCAGAGGAUACACGCUUUUGCCCCAGCAGCACUGAUAGUGGGCGGAGUGAUGUUGAUGGAGACGAAUCGAGUGAGGAAGGAGGUUCUAUUAUGCUUGAUGAAGCCCUUGAUCUGUUGAACCGAAAGUGGGACCGAAUCAAUGGAGCUCAGGCCCUUAAGCUCUUACCAAGAGAGACCAAGUUGCAGAAUUUGCUGUCAUUUCUUGAGCCCCUCCUGAAGAAAUCUAGUGAAGGACGCCGUAACUUUUCAGUGAUCAGGAGCUUGAGGCACAGCGAGAGCUUACAGGUGAAGGAUGAGCUUUAUAAGCUUCGAAGAACGGUUGUGAAGAUCACUAGUGAUAGCACUUGUUCUCUUUGCAACAAAAAAAUUGGGAGUAGUGUAUUUGCAGUCUACCCCAAUGGGAAAACUCUCGUGCAUUUUGUUUGCUUUCGAGAUUCUCAAAGUAUAAAGGCUGUGAGAGGAAAUCCAUCGAAGAAGCGAGGAUAGUUGGUUCUUAGCUCAAGGGUGUCCCCGCCCCUUUUUUUAAGGCGAGACUAAUCCCUGCGGAUGCACGCAAUCACCCGCAAACCACGUGCAUCGGGUAAAGCACGGGGAGGGGAAUCGAACUCGCAUCUGUGGGGAGCAAACCCACGGCGCUAGCCAUUCGCCCAAACCCCAGGCGGGUAUCACAUUGCAAUUAUCGGUUUGAUAAAGUGGAAAUAACCAAAUUGUAGUUUGGUCCGGGCUUCAAAUGGCAUACGCCUCACUUUCAAGCUCAAGGGCUGCUUCCUCAUUACAGAUAUGAGGAAUCAUCAUUAAGUUUUGUGAUUUCCUUUUGAUUAAGUCAAAUAUUUGUGAUUCAAUUAAUCCACUCGUCUAAAUGCAGCCUAAGCUCUCAUUGGUUUUCUUGUCAGCACUAUGGACAGAUUUUUUUUUUAUUAUUAUUUUAUACAUUUGGUUAUUACUUGUAUUUCUGUCCUAUUUAGGUAACUGAUUUCUGACAUGGCUAUUAUACUAUUUGGAGGAAAAACAUCUAGAAUGUUGCAAGGAGGCAUUUAUGUUUCUAAGCCAUACCAAGAUGUCGACGCGGGGCCAUGGCACUCCUUUGUUUUUUAGCCAUUUCAGAUUUAUCAACAGAGUCAUACAUGCCUACAUGUAUGGGCACAAUUCUUGGUCUUUUCAAGUAAGUUUUGCAACAAA